AUGGUGAAUUUCUUCAAAGACAAACUCCAGCGCGCCAGAACGAUUGCCCGCGGCUUCCUAGGCAUCCCCGACGCCCACCCAGACAACACCACCACAGCGAUUCCCUCCACAGAGCAGCCGCCUUCCGACGGCGCAACAGCGACAAUGGCGACCGAACUCAAGCCAAACGACGCCAAUGGAGACGAAAGAAGCUCCUCAAGCUUGAAGCGUGCCAGCCCGCACGAUGCCGGCGACAACAAGGACGACGACGGCGGCGGCGAAUGGCAGACAGUGACGCGGCCUAACAAGAAGCAAAAGAAGGUUCCUAAGCCUGGAAAGAAUUAUCCAGGCAUCACCUUCUCUCCCAAUGCCCGUCUGCAGUCCAAGAUCAAUCUGAAUCAAAUGCGCGAUCUUGUCACAUACAUCUUUGCCGACGGCACCGGCCCGCAAUGGGUUGCCGUGACGCAUCGCCCUGCCUUUCGCAAGAUUGUCGCCCUCAUGGUUCCCGGCCUUGAAGACGCCAUGUUCCACGCCAAUGUCAACUUUGCGACAUAUGACGAAGAUAAACAGAAGCGCAUUGCGCAGCAAGAUGCCGCCAGGUCUCCCGACGACUACUACCCACGGGCUCUAACCAAGGAGACGCUGCCAGAAGUGCUGCAGCCUUUUGCCGACAUGUUUCCUCACCUAUGGCCCGUCAAGACUCCCGGUGACGACAAGCACGGCAAGAUGCACUCGCCCAUGGCGGCAUUCCUCACAGCCCCGGUCCCCAAGGACAAGGCUUCUGGCGCAAAGGGCGUCAAGUCUGCCACGGAACCGAAGGGUUGGAAAAACGAGCGCACCCGCAUCACAGAAUACCUUGCCACUGCAUCUGAGCUCGAAGAAAACGGCUACCUCGUACAUCCUGCGCUGCUGCCUGAGGGCGCGGCUCGAGAUAACUUCAAACUCCCCGACGGCUGGGUUGCCACCAAGGUCGACAGUCUCUCUGACGGCGACGUGCCCGAGGCCGAGAUUGAGCAAGGCAGUAUCACCGCCGGCCGCACCGUCCUGGCACUCGACUGUGAAAUGUGCCUGACUGGCGAAAACGAAUUCGCCCUCACACGCCUCAGCAUCGUCGACUGGUCCGGCGAGCUUGUCCUCGACGAGCUCGUCAAGCCCGACAAGCCCAUCACCGACUACCUCACCCGCUACUCCGGCAUCACAGAAGAGAUGCUUGCCCCCGUGACAACCACCCUGCGCGACGUGCAGGCCAAACUCCUCACCAUCCUCCACCCGCGCGCCAUCCUGCUCGGCCACUCGCUCGAGUCCGACACCAAGGCCAUGCAGCUCACACACCCCUUCAUCGUCGACACCUCCCUCCUGUUCCCGCACCCGCGCGGGCCCCCUCUCAAGUCCUCUCUCAAAUACCUUGCGCAGAAGUACCUCUCGCGCGAGAUCCAAAAGGGCGGCGCCGAGGGCCACAACUCCAUCGAAGACGCCAAGACCUGCCUCGACCUCGUCAAGCAAAAGUGCGAAAAGGGCAAAGCCUGGGGUACCUCCGACGCCGCCGGUGAGAAUCUCUUCCGCCGCCUAGCCCGCGCCGGAACCUCAUACAAGGCGCAGGGCGGCGAUGCGGCCCUCGGUGGCGUGGAAGUCGGCAAGACCUCAGCUGCCGUAGACUGGGGAGACCCAUCUAAGGGCUACGGCGGCGGUGCUACAUACCGCCUCGGCUGCAAGUCUGACGAAGAUGUAGCUGUCAACGUACUACGCGCCGUUGCUGGUGAUCCGGAUGGUCUUGAAAUCAAGGCCGGUGGUGCAGACUUUGUAUGGGCGCGCUUCCGCGAGCUCGAGGCCCUGCAGGGCUGGUGGAACACGCACCGCGUCGAAACGGCUUCUAACAGCGACGGCGGCCCGCCAGCAUCACAAACCAAGGAAAGCCUCGAGGCUGCCCUUGGUGCCUUGACAAAGCGUAUCUCGCGCAUUCACGCCGCCUUGCCGCCCUGCACAGCACUGCUGCUCUACUCUGGCUCUGGCGACCCACGACCCAUGGCGGCCUUGCAGCAGGUUCAUGCGCAGUGGCGUAAAGAAUACAACACACCAGGCCGCAAGUGGGAUGAGCUGAGCGUGCAGUGGACUGAUGUUGAGGACCAGGCGUUGCGGAAGGCCGCUGCUCGAGCUCGAUCUGGCAUUGGCUUCAUGACGGUGAAAUAA